GGUUGGUUUGUCCUGUGCGUGAGCCCCUAAUGAAAUAAAUACAAAAUUGGGGCAGUGGGGCUAUCAUGGAGUACUCAUGAUAAUGAGCUGCAUUUUGCGAAAAAAAGAAAUAAUGAAGAACAUUAUUUAUUAGAAAACAGUAAGUGGUGAAAACUAGUUACUCCGUACUCCAUUACGUGGUCAGAAGAAUUCAUUUUUUCCCCGUAAAUUUCGUUAUGGAAGUUCAUUGUUUCUUUAUCUAUAGUUCAUAGACGAUACAUUCGAAUUAUCGGUUUGUGUGAUCUUCGCGUCUCUUUACUCCAAUCUGUUUGUAUCAAGUUUGACGAAUUUCUGUGUUUGAUUUUCAAAAAUGAGCUUUUAAAUUGUGUUACAAUUCGUAAAUUGAGUGAUUAGCCUGGAAUGCCUUGCGCGUUAUUUAUGUCUCGACAUUUCACUUUUCGUUUCCUCUUGUUACCAAAUUAAAAGAAAUAAGCUCAGGUGUUAGAUCUGUCGCGGAAAUGGAUGAACUGAAAAAUGACAAUUCAUCAAAUGUUGUUGAUCAUGAAAUGAAUGUCGAAGAGUGUUCUUCUGAUAGUGAAGAUGAAGGUGAAAGGGAUGAUGAAGAAGAAUUGGAUGAAGAAAUAGAAUCUGUUGGCAAUGAAGAUAGCGAAGAAGAAGUCGCCUAUGAGAAAGACGAAACCAUAGACUCCGUAUCGCUUUCUUCGGAUAAUUUCAAUGGCUUUAAAGAAGUAGAAUGUCCGUUGGAUGAGAGUAACAGUUUGGAUGUUACCGAAAAUACAGAUAAAAGUAAAAAUGAUCAAGGAACGUUACUACAAUCAGAAACAAUUGUUACUUCUGUUAUCAGCAUCAGCAAAGGAGAAACGAAGUUUUCAGUCAAACUUAAACGAUGCAAAGGUCCGGAGAAACUCUGUUGUUUGUGCAAUCUUGGAGAACAAAGUCAACUUGGACAGGGAAAAUUUCACAAAAUUAAAAAACCCGAAUCUUUCGUCGAAGAAGAAAUACCACAUACAGAAGAGGUGCGGCCUAUUGAUUUUCCAAAAGUUAAAGAAGUUGUGCCUGGUAAAAAUAGAAAAUCCACUUAUCGGCUUAAUUCAAGCCUACAUGAACCACUAGAUGAGCAUAGCAUGAUCGGCCAUGUAGAAAAAGUGAAGUUAUCAGAUUUAUUUGACGACGAAGGAUACAUAUACAUUCAUUCAAAUUGCGCCUUGUUUUCUCGCCAAAUUACCCACAAUGAUAAUUCUGAAUUGGAAAAUGUUAUCCUUUGCGUAUCGAAGAGUUUGAUGAAGAUAUGUUCUCAUUGCAAUCGUUAUGGUGCUAGUGUCACGUGCUCUUUUAGUACUUGUGAUAAAACGUAUCAUUAUCCGUGUUCUGCCGCAUCAGCCGGGUUUCAACAUUUAAAAACUUAUUCGUUUGUUUGUAAUACACACCUCGAUCAUAUACCGUUGCUGCCUACUUUUACUGAAGUUUCAUGCCAUAUGUGUUUUUCGCUUGGAGAUGUUUCUAAUCUGAUAAUGUGUUCAAUAUGUGGAAACCAUUAUCAUGGAAUGUGUCUAGGCCGUGCUUUGUUACCAGGUGUCCGUACCGGAUGGCAAUGCUCUGAAUGUAGAUCAUGUCAGAUCUGUCACACUUCUGAAGAAUCUUCUAAAAUAAUGUUGUGCGAAGUUUGUGACAAAGCGUAUCAUUCUGCUUGUCUUCGGCCUGCGGUGACCAGUAUUCCGAAAUUUGGGUGGAAGUGCCAAUGUUGUCGUGUAUGUAGCGAUUGUGGUUCGCGAACUCCGGGUUCAGGUUUAUCGUCUCGUUGGCAUCGUCACUUCACAGUUUGUGAUUCUUGUUACCAACAGCGGAAUAAAGGCUUCUCUUGUCCUUUAUGUCAUCGAGCCUAUAGAACGGGCUCUUCCAAAGAUAUGGCGCAGUGUACAUCGUGCAAAAAAUUCGUUCAUCGUACUUGUGAUCCUGAAGCCGAUCCUGUUGCAUAUCAGAAAAAAAUCGAAACUUUUCCUGAUUACCAAUAUGUAUGUCCCACUUGUAAGAGUUCUCAUCAGUUUGGAAAGAUUACAUUAAAAAAGAAAGAGAGUUUGGAGGACAUCAACGUUGAUGUGAAUAUGAAUUCAUCUCAUGAAUCGUUAACAUUUGACGACAUGGAAAUCGAUUUAACACCGGAGAAGGACGAUUACAAAUUUUCUGGAGGCAUAGGUUUAGGUAAAGGAAAACCAUUUACUGCUAGAAAAAAAAUGGCUUUCAGUACCGUUCGUGGAUUUAAAUCGAAAUAUAACGGCAAAGCUGUCCUUUGUCCGCCUGCAUAUCAAAAGAAAAAUCAAAAAAUAGCCGAGUUUGGUCGGAAAAAGUACACUAAAACGAAAAUGAGAGGAGUGUUUGGUGCCCCUAGUACAGGGUUACAGGGCCCUGUCAUCGAUACGCAGACAAAGUCUGAUCGCGAAUGUGAUGACAAAAAAAUACUGCUGUGUUCGCCCGAAGACGAAUUCGUAUUAUCUCAAGAUAUUUGCGUGAAAUGCAGUGCUCUAGGGACUGAUCAAGAAGGUUGUCUCAUCGCAUGCGUUCAAUGUGGACAAUGUUACCAUCCUUACUGCAUCGACAGUAAUAAAGUCACCAAGAUUACCAAAGUCAUGUUACAAAGAGGGUGGAAAUGCAUUAAAUGCGCGGUUUGUGAAGGUUGCGGAAAAUGCGAUAAUGAAUCAGUUCUGAUUUUAUGUGAUGAUUGUAACAUAGCUUAUCAUAUAUAUUGCAUUGAUCCCAAAUUGGACUGCGUUCCGGAGGGAUCAUGGAAAUGCAAAUGGUGCGCGCAUUGUUUAACUUGUGGUGCUAAUGAACCUGGAGUAAAUUCUACUUGGUCGAAGAAUUACACCGAAUGUGGCCCUUGCGCCUCGCGUACCAGAUGUGCGUCUUGUCAUUUACUUUAUGGCGAGGGAGAACUCAUUAUUAAAUGUGAAACUUGCGAAAGGUGGUUACACGGUGUUUGCGAUCAGAUAAGACGUGAAUCGGAUGCAGAAAAAUGUGCCAUUGAAGGGUAUUCGUGCCUAUUAUGUAGGCCUAAAGAUACCCCACCUCCGCAUUUGUUCAUUCCACCUCCAACACCGCCUAUCAUUACCUCGACUAAGUUGAAAAUUCUACCAAUUUCACCCAUCCAAGUGCCUGAACCUACAACCAAAGACGAAACAGAACAUUUUGUAGAUGGAACGUACUUAUCGGAAAAUGGUCUUUCUCAUUUGACUUCACUACUGAAUCGCAUCGACACAAAUGUAUUCAGUUUACGUAAAAAGAAACGUACCAAUAAUUCGGAACAAGGUGAACAAGGCAUUUUGGACAGUAUAGAAUCUGUUAUAGCAGCAGGCGAAAGUCCUUCCAGUUCAAGUACCAUUGCUUACAAGGAAGGUAUGGUGAUUGAACCUAAAGAAGAUGGAAAACCUCCGGAUAUUCCUGAUGGAUUCAAUAUUUGUAAAAAUGAGUUGGGAAAAAUGGUGUUGAAGAAGAAAAGGAUUCGAAAAAUUGGAGUUGGAGGAUUUAAUGCACGCAUGAGAACUGGUAAAAAAGAUAGAGCGGAUGAUGAAGAAACUAGCUUUUACAGCGAAGAAGCCUCUUCACGUUCGGUCAUGUCAUCUAGUGACGAGAAGCCUCGUAAGAAGAAUAGAUACCGUAAACCAAAAAGCAAAUAUGCUGAAAGUUACCCGUCAUAUAUUCAAGAUGCAUUUUUUGGACGUGAAUUACUCGAUACACCUAAAGACGCCGUUCAGAAUUUGGAAAGUAGUGAUUCCGAUUCAUCUGAAGUGUUACCAUCUCGUAAAAUUACGAGUGCCGAAACUGUGACCUUGUCACAAGACGAAUUAAAAAUUAUGGAGAAAGUUAACGCUAAACGUGAAAAAAUGGAAGAGGAAGCUAGGAGAAGAGAACAAGAAGCGUUGAAAUUAGCGUCCACAAAAAUCAAAGUUGAAAACGAAGAACAUGUAGAUAAAAUCAAUGAGUUACCGGAUAAUGAUAACGAGACGUUCAAAGAUAUCUUGAACAUGUCUGGUAAUUUUUUGGAUACCAUAAUGAACGAAGGCAAUUCGCAAUCAAAAAGUAACUCUGCUUUGAUAAAUGAUGUCCACAUGCGCAGUGAAACGGAUGUUGUUACUUACAAUGGUAAUAAUCAAAAAGACGAGUUCACCGAUAUUUUGGGGCCAAACUUCAAUUUAGAAUCGAUGGUCCACGAAUCAGGAUUACCAAAUAUGGAUGGCAAAGAUGUAGAAGACAUAUUUAAAGACGUGUUGACAGACGAUUCUCAAAAUUCUCACGAUACCGUUUUACCGCAUACAAACGUCAACACUGUUUCAUCUAGUACAUUUCCUAUGAAUCAACCCAGUAUGAAUGUACACCCUGCAAUGAUAAAUAGCAUGCAACCGGGAGUUAUAUCGCAAACACCAACCGCUAUGAUGUCUCCGUCUCAUUCUGUCAUUCAAGGGAGCAUUGGUAUUCCUCCAAAUCGGGCGGCGCCUACUACGCCUUCUCAAAUAUUACCGUCACCACAGAAUAUUCCAUCUCCGGCCACAUAUCCGGCAACUUCGCCGUAUCACUCGGAAUACAGCAAUAGUCCGUCACAAUUUAGUCCGGCGUUCUCAGAACCUCCUAGUCCUUGGGUACAGGAAGAUACGCCGAUCGUUGAUAGCGCGAGUGUGAUUGCUCCUUCGACAUCAGCUAAUCAAAGGACAUCCCAAAAAAUGGAGAUUGACGAAAAUCUCGGGGAUAAAGCUACGAUUUCGUCGGUUCUUUAUGCUAAUUCCGAACAUCCCGAAUUAAAAACCGAAUACCCAGUUUGGAGCGAUAGAUGUAAACAGAUACUGAAGAAGUGGAGAGCGUUACCGACUGACAAGAAACAACCUUAUUUAAAUCAAGCCCGAGAAAAUCGAACUAAGAUAACUCGCGUUCGCAAGAAUAGCAAGAUUUCGAAAGAUGAAAAUGUCUCGUUAGAGACGAACAGCAGCCUUGAGCCAGAAUCUCCGAGCGGUAACUCGUUGAAUAAUCAGUUGAUUACAAAUCUGACGAAUUCGGAAAUCAUAUCGAAAGUUUGUCAAGAAGAUUUAUUCCAUCCAUUGCUGAACGCCUUAUCGGCCGAAGGAAUUUCUUUAGAUUCAAACGAUCGAGCAAUGCCAGUAUCAUCGAGCCCAUCGCAACGUUCACGCACACCGGACAAUCAGGCUUUAUUGUCAGCCGCUGCGAAUACUACUUCUACGUUUACAACUCCAGAACGUUUGAUUAACGAAACAGAUAACUCAAGUUCGCCCAUGUCGAUAUUAAACUCAAGUAACCAUUCGGAUGAAACCGAUGGUUCUGUGAGUCAGCAAACAGUUACCACAACCAUACCUUCGCAUCCGUCCACCAUACAAUACAUACCAAUUAUCCAAACACCGAUUAGUCAAUCGGAUUCUACUGUUAAUGUCCGAACGGUUCAUCUGAUUUCAACUUCGGUACCAAAUCAAUCGAACACGGCGCAAUUAGAAAACAGUGCUCGAACGUCGACCAUAAGAUACCAAUACGUUCCAGCGAUACAACAUAAUCGGAAUACCAUACAUUAUCCACCGAAUAACGUUCAAAUUAUACAUUCCGGAUCAUCGUUGAUUAUGAACACAAAUUCAUUGAUCACUGCAGCUUUGCAAUCGGUUUCCGGAUCUGAUACAAACGCGAGUGUUAAUAAAUUUCUGCAAUUAAUACCAUCAUCGUCGUCGGCAACGCAAAAUCAUACAAUUCAAAAUAUUCAAGUUAUGUCGUUGGCAUCCGAAGAGCAAUGCGAAACAGGUGCUGAAACCGAUCAAAACAUCAGAGUUUUAACGCCGUCGGAAAUCAUGAAAACGUUACCGGCUUUGAGACAGGAAUCAUUCGAUGUUAAUUCGAAUACGGAGCAAGAAAAGAAUAUUUCUAAUCAGAAAGUGAAAGAAUCUGAGCAAGAAAAGAAUUGGAAACAGAUGCAAGCUUUAAGACAGCAGCAAAUCCAGGAUCCUAGAAUACAAACUUUACAACGCAUCCAGCAGCAGUCUCCGUCGCAGCAGCAGCAACAAAAUCAACUUCGUCAAAUGAUCAGCAGUGGAGCGGAUAAUUCGAAUGCCAUGUUUGCUGGUAGUACUUCAGCAGAUAACAGAACACCAUUGCAGAUAGUUGCUUCUCAGGAUGCCAUGUCACCAUCGAUGACAUCGCCUGGAAGACCUCCUCAGCGGUUCCAGUCACCCGUCGUAAAGUUACCACCGCAGUCUUCGGUGAAUCAAACGUAUCAGCGAGUACAAGAUCAAGAUGUGUUUACACCUCCUAGUACUCCUGCUCCGCAAUUCUACAACAAUGCGGUUAAUUCUAAUCCAGAAAUGAAUCGACAAUUGAGAGAAUUGUUGCAAAAACAACAAAUGGAGUCCGUUCAAGCGGAUCAGCAACCCUCACAGACUAGAACAUGGGUUCAAGAUUCGUCAAAUCAACAGCAAGUUUUGACCGACAACAACGUUGUUCAAAGUGAUCAAAUGAAUAUGCAGACUUCUUUGAAUGUACAAGGCCAAAUGUUCGACAAUUCACAAACCGCCAAUGUCUUGUCCCAACCAUUUCGUCCACCGUUACCGCCUCGAUCUCAGCGUUUACCUUUUCAGGUUACCCAGCAAAUAUUAGCCAGGCAAAGAAUGCCACAGCAAAUGAUGGAUCCUCGUUACCGACUUCUUGUACAGCACCAACACCAACACAAUCAGUUAUUACAGCAACAACAACGACAACGCCAACAGCAGUUGUUACAACAUCAACAACAACAACAACAACAACAGCAGCAGCAGCAGCAACAACAACAACAACAUCAACAACAGCAGCAGCAACAACAACAGCUGCUGCAGCAGCAACAACAGCAGUCGCCGCAACACCACCUCCAACAACAACCGCAGCAGCAGUUGCAGCAUCACUUCCAACAACAAAUGCAAGCACAGCAAUCGCCGCAACAGUUGCAAAUCGUUACCCAGAAUCAGAUUGUACCACCUAUGGCUUCUCCAUCACGACCAAAAUCCUCUCCUUCGCAUGAAGCUCAGUUGAGUGAGCAAGCCGAAAAUAUUCUUACUGGCAACGUCACAUUAGAUGAGAGUCAUGGCCCCGUACACGGACCUAUUACCAAUAAACCCGUCGUUUCGAAUCUAACCAAUGAUAGAAACGACACACAAAACGAAGGAUUACCUGAGAGUGUGACCGCUGACUUGGAUGAGCUGGAGAAAGACGGAGUGGUCACUGGAAAUAUUUCCGAAAUAUUUGGUGAUCUGAUGGAGGAUGAAUUAUUAGCUGAAAUGGGAGCGGGAUUCAAUAUCUUGGAGUACGGAGAUCCCGAAUUAGAUGAUCUUACCGAUGGUGAAAAAUCAAACAUUUUGUACGAUUUUGUUAACGGUGCUUCGGAAGCGACCAGGACGAAGGAAGAUGAAAAAUCUGAUAGUAAAAAUGACCCAAAACUGGAGACCUCCACUAGCGAAAUGAACUUUUCAACAAACGAAACGAAAGAUAUUCAAAUGCAAAUUCCGCCCAUCGAAAAUAGCUUAAAUGGAAAUAACAUCGUGUCAGCGGGAAAAGCUCAACAACAACGUGUGGUGCAAUUACAACGCGCAAACGUUAGAAACUCGAAUUCGCCCAAGGGCGGAGGAAACCAGUUGAUGCAACUUCCAUCGCCAACUACUUCACAGGAAUCGUUGCACUCGCAUUCGGCACCAAUGACUCCGAGGCCACCUUCUGCUGUUACUCCUGGAACUCGAUCACCUUUGCAGGCACCAUCAACACCACACUGUCAAGAUUUGAUGGUACAGUCGCCGAUGACCGGUGACAUUCAGACACAGUUACCAGUAAUUACCCCAUCGGCGGCGCCACCUCCUCCACCUUAUCCUGGCCCUCCGCCACCGUACCCAUCACAACUGAAGCAACAGCUUCCUCAACAGAUGCAUCAUAUGAGUGGAAUUGCGGCUCCGAAUGUUGUAGCUGUCUCAAGUGGAGCUCUUGGUCCAAAGAUGAUUCAUCAUGAGCAGAUUCCAGUCGGUAUGAGUCAGAUUCAAAAAAGACCGUUGCUGUUGCAGGAUCAACCUCUUUUAUUGGAAGAGCUCCUGGAGCAAGAGAAACGGGAGCAAGAGAAACAGUCAGGAAAUAUUUGUGGAGCGUUGCCGCCUCUUAGUGACGCAGAUUUUGAACGGUUACGAGUAGAUGUUAUGAAUUCACCCGGAAUGAACGGAUCUAUGCAAUCGUUGCUUUCGCCUCAAAGCCAAAAUAUGCAGUCAACAUUGAUGCCAGUUGGUAACCCUUCUGCGACCAACGUCAGAAUGAGAACAAGUGGUAAUAUUUACGAAGCUUCGCAACAACAAAUGUGGCAAAAAUCAUCGGUCACCGGUAAUAUUCAGUCAAACAGCAUAUCCUCGAUUCAAGCCAGUACCAGCCCUAGACCGGAGCCUGCUCAUAGAAUACCAAUAUUUAAUAUGCCAAAAUUACAAGUGCCUCUCGAACCGCCAGAGAAUAUUGUCACAGAACAAGAUCGGCAAAUGCAGCAGGCAUAUGAACAAUGGCUGGAACAACAAAAUAUUAUUGUCACUCAACAAAUGAAACAUUAUGAAGGAGAAAUUUCGAAAUUACGAAAAACUAAAAAAUCAUUGAAUAGCAAACAACGCAUUUUAAAGAAACAAGGUAAUGAAUUGAGUAGUCACGAUAAUGCAGAGUUGCAGAAAGUUACCGGUGACUUGAGUAUUUUACAAAAAUACGUUGAUAGUAGUCGCAAAAUGUUCAAACAACACACAACUCUAAUGCAGGAAUAUAAAAACAAACACCAAAAUUCUGCUUAUGCCUCAAGUAAUAUCGAACCCCCUGCUUCCACUUCGAGUGCACCGGUUCCUGUUAAUGUGGUAUCAUCCGCAAAUACUGCGAUCGGAGAAAUCUCGUCUAACGUUAUGGUUACCUCAACACAGCAAAAAGUACCUGUUGUAAUAGCUAGCACUAUGAAUAGAGCCAAUCCUACCAAUAUUAUUACUCAAACACAACCGAACGAUAUUCAAUUUUCUGCCAGUUCUAAUCAACAAGAAAUAUCUUCAACGGCAACUAUACAAUCGCCGGUCAUUGUUACCUCUCAAGUUCGGGCAGGUUUUCGCGGGCAAGAACACGUAUUACGGUAUCCGGGAGGAGCUCCUGUUCGAUUCGUACAAUCGGUGAGGCAACAAAGACCGAAUGUGUUGACUUUCCAAGUACCAACUGAAGGUGUUAGACAGACCGGAGCGUAUCAAAGCCCGCGAGGAACGUUCAAAACGCAGCCUUUCAUGGUAUCAACUGUUUCCUCUCCGACGUCUCCGAGCGUAUCAACAGUUACACCGAAUUUAUCACCAGUAUUCCAGAAUACUGUUGGUCAACAACUUACACCCGAUCAGCAACAGCAGGUGCUACUUCAACGACAGCAGUUCGCUCAGAGACCGGUCAUGUUGCAACAACAUAACGUCGAGAGACAGAAGAGAAUAAUUCAACAAAGACACAAUUUGUUCGCGCAAGUACAAGGCAUUCAACAACAAAUGAACUCUCCUAAUUUGUCGCCUAAAAUAAAACAAACUUUAUUGCAACAGAGAGACGCGUUAGUUAAACAAAUCAAGGAAUUACAGCCACAAAUCGAAUUAACGCCCCAACAAAAACAAGUUUUUGCUCAAAGACAGCAAGUGUUGCUCACUCAACAACAGCAACAGCAACAACAGCAAAAGCAAAACAUGGGCAUGAAUCAGCAGAUGAAUCAAGUAAUAGUUACGUCGCAGCAGGCAUCGUUGCAGCAAAAACAUAUGCCACCUCAGAGUCCGGUUAACCAGCAAAUGAAUCAGUUAUUAAGCCAUUCUCCAGAAUCGAGCCAGCAUCAAUUCAGUCAACCAAUGAGCUCUCCAAUACAGCCGCAAAGUCCACAGCAAUUUUCUCAGCCUCAUUCUAAUUCAUCGGCACCACCGCAUAGUCCCAUGUAUCAGUCGCAGCCAACUCCUUCGCCUACGGGUAAUGCAAAUUAUUCGUAUAUGCAUUCUGGAACUUCUUCCAUGCAAUCGCAUUAUAAUCAGCCGACUUCGCCGAUGCCGUCGCAAAGUCCGAGACAGGUUUCGCAGUUCGUGCAUCCAUCCAGUUCGCCGGCUCAUCCGCAAAGUCCGUUUACCUCGCACGAUAACGAUAAUACGGGCGGAGGUGGAGGUAAUACUAUGAGUUAUGUAAAUGCGAUCCCAAUUCCAGAAGAAUUCCGCAGAUUGGGUAUUAAACCAGGUUUGAUGGGUGGGUCACCAGCUUGGACGAAAACUAAAAAGACCAAGAUACCGGCCCGCGAUUUUGCGAAGUACAAUAUUAAAGGCGGUUUGUUAGGCGGUUCGCCGACGUGGAAUGAAAAGCCGGAAGAAAAUAACGUUGAAAAGGCCGAGAACGCCGAAAAAAGCGCUUCUGUCGACGAUAGUGAAACGAAAGCGUGCUCUUCUAAAUCGCAGUUUUAUACCAUGGAAGAGGAUGUAGAUUCAAGCGAUUCUACUGUCUUCUUCUCGUUACCAAAAGUAGUGAAAAUGAAGUCGCCCAACGCCGAAUCUCUCAAUGAUUCUGAGAACGCCGAAUUUCAAGGAUACGCUACACCAAAAGCACUGGACGAUAGUAUGGAAUUACCUGUAUAUAAAGAUGUGCCACUCAUAGAAGGUUGCAAAAGCGAAGAGAUUACCGCAUCCGAUGAUAGCAUGGAGUUACCUAUGUAUAAAGACGUUCGCCUUAUAGAAAGUUGUAAAAGCGAAGAAAAUAGUUUAUGUUUUUCCGCUACGAUCGAAGAUGGUGAGAUAUCGUUACCAUUAGACAUGGAUGCAAGUGGGUUGCAUUUAGCUUUAGAUUCGGGCGACGUCAGAAACGAUGAUUUAUUAGACGAUUGUUUGGUAUCAUCAGAUUUAUUGGUGCUGAAUGUAAACGAAGACCAGGAGAUAAUCCAGGAUACUAAAUACACGCCAGAAUCCGUAACCAGUACUCCUUUAAGAACUACUUCCGUGGUACAAACCACCACCAGCAUUUCAACUAUCUCGAAAAAUAAUCACGAUGACGAGAAAUUGUCGCCGUGCGAAGAAUCAAGUACGGUUAACCAUUCAGUUAUAUCGACUCACGCGUUUCAUUCGUAUGCAAAAAUCGUUGAAACUGAGAGCGGAGAUGAUCCCGUCGAAACCAAAGAAAAACUCCAAACUAAACCCGAAGAACCUGAACUUGAAGCUGAACCUGCGCCAGAACCUGAGCCUGCACAGGAGCAUGAGCAUGAACCAUUAGCUGAAUCUGAACCAGAUCGUACUCCUAAUCCGGAACCCGAAAUGGAACCGAAUGAGAAAACGGAAUCGGAAAAUAACGAAAUAAUUGAAGAACCUAAACAGGAGCAAAAAGAACCAGAAAAGAUCGCCGUAACGACGGAAAGUACCAAAGUUAUUGUUUCGUCGAUUGUUACCACAAUUCCUACACGAACUACGUCUGUCCUUCAAAUGACAUCGACUGCGUUGCAGUGUUCGACUCCGAAAGAAGUAGCUGCCACUAACGCUCAGCCGCCGCCUCCGGUUUAUACCGAAAAUUUCCAUUCGUACGUUAAAAAGUUACCGAAAAAUGACGCAGACGAUACCUCGUCAAACGAUACCAUUGAAAAAGAUAAACUGUUGUUUGACGAAACGUUGAUGAAAGUCAAAACAGAAAAUACUAUCGCCGAAGGUCCAAAGGAACAGCAGUCUGUCGACGAGAAAAAAGAACCCGAAAAGAAGACUGCAGCGAGCGCUUGUAAAUCACCACCAGUAGCUACUACAACAGCAACAGCAACAACUGCAGCAGUCCCAAAUUACGCCGCAAAUUCGGUGAUUACCAAAGAUACUAAAUUGGUUUCAGUCGCACAUUCCACCAGUCAGAGUCAACCCAAAGAAAAUACCUCUACGGUGCAAUCGCAAGCGCAACAAGUUACCGGAAACAUGUGUCCUCCGAGAGUCAGAAGCGACGAUUCGCAGAACGUGCUGUUGAAGCAAUUAUUACAGAAUUCUGGUAGUGGUAAUAUCACACAUUCGACGAUGACGCAACAUGUCACUAAACCACCACCUUCGCCGAGCUAUAAGUCUCCGCCAGCUGUCACCACCGCGGCGGAAGUGUCUGCCACCACUUCGACCAUUGAAACAGUUAUCGCCCAAGUUAGCGAAUCUCAGCCUAAAACGGAAUCGCGUGUUCAAUAUGCUCCUGUCCAAACUGCUGUUCCAACCACUGUCAUCAAACAGGAAAUCAGCGUUCCAUCGACUUCCGCGCGAAAAGAAGUUACAACCGUCAUUCCGACGACCCAUACUGCAGCACCUACUUCUACAAUGAGCCCGAUGCAUGUUGAAAUCAAGAAAGAACCUGUUCCCGAUGAAGUAACGUUACCCCAACCUGAUGCAGUCGAAGUUCCUGAAACACCCAACUCUGUCAGCGGCGAUUCGUCAACCGGAUGUAUCUUGGAUGCCCAAGAUUUGAAAAAACUGAAGAGAAGACAAUACCAAGCUAAGCGAAGACAAAGCCAAUCCAAAGAUAAUGCCGCUGUUCCCAAAAAACGCAAUCGUAAAGAACGAAUUGGUUUUAUGGCGAACAAGAAAAAUUACCUUACACAACUUGGAAUCUUAGUAUCGAGAGUGGAUGAAGACUACGACACUUUUGUGGAUGGUUUAAUGAACAGAAUACGUCAGUUACCUCGAAUAGAAAUUACCGAACCUUUGCUGAUCCAUAAUUACGCGGCGUGUUUACCUUAUGGAGCCGGAGAUGGAACGAAAAUCAGCUUGAAAACUUGGGUGAAUGGCGAACUAACCGGUACUUAUGGAUCUUUAAGAGUACCCAAACACAAUGAUUAUUAUAAUACCGAACCAUUUGGAGAUGAGGAACCGAUACCACAACCUGCUGUUUCACCUCCUACCAACGAUUUCUAUAAUGUAGAAUUACCACCGUUGAAUUUAGAAGCCGACUACGAAGAACGACGAUUGGAAUUAGCUCGUUUGGAUCGUGAGCUUGAUACGCCAGAUUCGGUGAUCAGUUCAUCUUCUCCGGAAUGUAUCAUUCCACAUACACCUUCACGAUUCGCCGGACUUAGAUUGAUCGACGAAAACGGCAGCGAAGUAGAUUCGGAAGAAGAUGAGAAACUUUUAAAACGUAUUUCACCUGUUAUUCCGUUGGUGGUUCCGUUGGCUCUUCGCCCUAGAGUACAGUACCCGAACGACGCUUUUAUACAAGACAAAGAGAAUUACGGAAAAGCGACGGCGUUAUCGUUGAAAUCGCGAAAUCCACCGAUUGUACCUUUGAAAGAUAAGGCUAAUUUGUCGGUAACGUUGACGCUUAGCUCGCAAGCAGCUCAAGAUAUCGUUGGAGUAUUGAAAAAUUUAGCAACAGUUUUGAACAUACCGCCUCCAAUGACGUAUAAAAUCUCUGAUCGAGUACCUUCUCCGAAUAAGAUGAAUCCGUUCGGUAAUAAAUUCAACGACGAUGUUGACGAAGUGGAAUUGGAAAAAUAUUUAGGCGGAUCGAUGAAAUAUUGUCAGCAUUGCAAAAUACCGAUUAACGGUUAUACUUCGGUUAAAAAGAAAGCAUCGGAAGUACCCUUCGUAGUGCAAGAUGGCGUCUCAGAAGAUCUACUUUUCUGCAGUACAUCGUGUUAUUUACAAAUGAUACUACUGGUUCCGCCGGUCAUUUCAGAGCAAAAAGUAUCGUCUUCGGAUGAUCAUAUUUCUGAGGCUUCGCCUCGGAAAAAGAUGAGGUUGGAGAGGUUAAACGAUGCUGAUGUCAGUGAAGUGAGCCAAGUUUUCAAAGUUACCGAUGCCAACAGUGGAAAGGACAUCAGCUACGUUGAAAAAACAAGUUUAACACCGGAGUCUACUACCAAAACUGAUGUUACCGUUGGCAAAAAACAGUUGAAAGGAGUCAAAUAUAGAACCUGGAGUCAUGAUUCGAUCCCACCUCCUGUACAAAAGUUUAAAACACCUACAGAAAAAGAAAUUACGGAGACUUUAUUCAGAAUGAACAUAACGGUGAUGCCGAGCAGAGUGCCUGACGACAUGCGUGCUUGCAUAUUUUGUCAACAAAGCGGUGACGGCGUGGCUAAUGGACCUUCGAGAUUAUUAAAUUACGACGUGGAUAAAUGGGCUCAUUUGAAUUGCUCGCUAUGGUCAGAUGGUGUAUACGAGACGCAGAACGGAGCCCUGAUGAAUGUUGACACAGCUUUAAAGCAAGGCUUAGAUGUGACUUGUACCUAUUGCAAACGAAACGGAGCUACUUUGAAGUGUUUCAAACUGCGAUGCUCUAAAGUAUACCAUUUGUCUUGUGCGAUGAAAAGCGGAUGCUGUUUUCUGGAAAAUAAAUCUGUGUUUUGCGAAGAGCAUCUUUCGAAAGCAGAAAUCAACCGUGUCCUGACCACGUUAGCUGUAUACCGAAGGGUCUAUGUAGACCGAGAUGAAAAUCGUCAAAUUGCGUCGGUUAUCAAACACGCCGAAUUAACACACCUUAUGCGUAUCGGCAGUUUGAUUUUCUUAAACGUUGGUCAGCUAUUACCCCAUCAGUUGCAGGAAUUUCAUACGCCAAAUUUUAUCUAUCCAAUUGGCUACAAAGUGAUCCGAUUCUACUGGAGUAUGCGUAUUUUCAACAAACGAUGCCAAUACGUCUGUUCGAUUCAUGAUGUUGCUGGACGACCGGAAUUUCGUGUUUUGGUCCAAGAGCCAGGUCAGGAUGACUUGGAGCUUAGAGGCUCGUCACCGAAUGCCGUUUGGACUCGCAUUCUGGAACCUUUGGCUAAUUUACGUAAAAUUAACAAUUCCGUACAAUUAUUCCCAUGUUACGUGACCGGCGAAUAUCUGUUUGGGUUGACCGAGCCAGCUAUUGUUCGAAUAUUAGAAAAUUUACCAGGAAUAGAAACAUUGAGCGAUUACACUUUCAAAUUCGGAAGAGAUCCUUUACUUGAGUUACCAUUAGCCGUUAAUCCUAGCGGUUGCGCACGUUGCGAACCGAGAGUUCGUGGCCCACCAUUAAAACGUACCCAUACCCAACGAACUAGCUCGAUUAUGCCACGACCGGUUUUGACAUCUUCGCCUCUAUUUUCCGGUGAUUUAUCUUGCCCAUAUUCCAAACAUUUUGUGCAUUCUAAAUCGUCUCAGUAUAAAAAGAUGAAGCAAGAAUGGAGAAAUCACGUAUAUUUGGCGCGAUCGAAAAUACAAGGAUUAGGAUUAUACGCGGCCAGAGAUAUAGAUAAACAUACAAUGGUUAUUGAAUAUAUUGGGGAAAUCAUCAGAUCUCAGUUAUCCGAUUUUAGAGAAAAACAAUACGAAGCGAAAAAUCGUGGAGUGUAUAUGUUCCGUUUGGAUGAAAAUCGUGUUGUUGAUGCAACUAUAUGCGGUGGACUGGCGAGGUACAUUAAUCAUUCUUGCAACCCGAACUGUGUCACUGAAAAGGUCGAAGUCGAUCGAGAAUACCGUAUUAUUAUAUUUUCGAAAAGAAAGAUUCAGCGAGGAGAAGAGUUGUCCUAUGACUACCAAUUCGACAUCGAAGACGAUAUGCAUAAAAUUCCUUGCCUUUGCGGCGCGUCAAAUUGCAGAAAAUGGAUGAACUAAAAUUCACACAAAUGAAUGACCGCCAGUUGUCAAUAACAUCAUUUACUGUUUUUUCGAUAACUUUAGUACAAAUUGUUAUUUAUUAUGUAAUUUGUCUGUCCGUUUUCAGUGUAAUCAUGUUCUUAAAUGACGUUCAUUACGAGUAAUGUACUUUUCUUAUUUUUAUUUCUUUUUUCCUUCUUUUUUGUUCUUAUUUGUUUGCCAUAAUAUAGUUUAAUAAGAUGGAUUUCGACAUGGUGCAUUAAGAAGACCCAAAUUACUAUGUAAAAUCACAAUUUGAAUUUAUAUAAAUUACCUUUGAUCGGCAUUUAUUAAAAUUAAUGAAAUUAUAAUUUUAUUGAUUGUAUUCGACAUAUGUGUAUGGCUAAAAGAAAAUGAAUAAUUUGAUUGUCCAAGUUACGAGUAUAUUAUGAUUUCGUUUUGUAAGUUCAACAGUUGCUGUUUAAAUUUGGCAACGUCUAGUCAGCAACUUAUUUUUAUUUUUUGUUUUACGAUGAGUUUAGGUUUUCUUUUUCUUUUCUUUUUUUAUGAUAUAACAUAAAGUUGAUUUGUAUGUGUCUUAAAUAUUACACAGUUCAUGUUUCAUGUCUGAGUACACAGGCUACGUUUUUUUCCUAUUUUGUUAUGUGUUGAAGAUGCACGUGGAGUAGGUUUGUAUUUUGUUUACUUUCACUGUAAAAUCACUGUCGGGUGAAGUUGUAAUUUCAAAUAUUGAUGAUUUUUUUUAUCGCUAAUUAAGUAUUGUUGACUAUUUGGUAAUUUUUCUUUGUAUAGAAGAUUUUAUUCUAUUUCUUUCAACUUCCCCCCUCCCCAUUUUGAAUCAUUCGCUCUAUGUUUGUUUGUCAUUAUAAUUAUGAUAUUCGAGACGGUAUGGUGUGUGAUGUAGUUUUUGAAAUGGCUUAAAAACAGAGAAAUAACCGUGUAAACUAAACGAACUUGUUGUUUUGUUAUAUUUUAUUUUAGAACUGUGAUUUAUUUUCUUUAUUUUGUAUUCACAGAUCAGGGUAAAAUGAGACGUUUUUAGUGUACAGUAGAUUGUAACCGUAGAGUAUGUUAUGUCCUUAACUUUUCUUAUUUCAAAGUAAGUUUGUUUUUCAAUUAUAAAGAUGCAAUAUUAAUUUUAAAUGCAUUUAUUUAAAAAAUGCAAGUGUUGUUUUUUUUUAAAUACGAAAUUUUUACCAACCUAAAGUCAUCGGUAAUGGGAUGGCGGUAAUAAGGUAACCUAUUACCUAAGCAUACGUAUGUACUUAUUGCCAUCAUCUUGACCGAGUAAACAAAGGAACUAACAGAAA